CAAACACUGAAUUUGAAAGACGAUACUGGGUGCGUGCAGUGGUGCUUGAGGGCUACAUGUGCCCGUCUAGAUUCUUCUGUUUUCGUUAUCGGUUGGUCAUUAUAUUGUGACCUUUUGUUUUUGUUUUAUCGUGCGUCAUAUUCAUAUUAUUUCUGAAAUCAUUGUAAAUCAGUCGAAGUUUCGUUAUUUGGAGGUGAUUAUUUAAACGGUGAGGGAUAAUAUACGCCAUUCACCGCUCAAAGAUCUUUGUAAGAUAAAGAAAGGAGGAUAAACCAACGAAAUGACCGUUACAGUGGUGUCAGCACUGAAAGACAAGGGUAACGCCGCGCUCCAAGAGGGCAAGUUUGAUGAAGCGGUAAAAUUCUAUACAGAAGCGAUUGCUUUGGAUGGAAAUAACCACGUUUUGUAUAGCAACAGAUCUGCUGCUUACGCAAAAGCUGAGAAAUACGAACAGGCUCUCGAAGAUGCAGAAAAAACUGUACAGAUAAAGCCUGACUGGGUAAAAGGUUAUUCGCGUAAAGGCAGUGCCUUGGCUUACCUAGGAAAUCUUGACGAGUCCAUCAAGGCUUAUCAAGAAGGUCUGAAGCUUGAUCCUGAUAACCAGCAACUAAAAGAAGGUCUUUCCGAGGUCCAGGCUCAGCGAAGUGAUGCAAAUCCUUUCAACGCUCCUGACGUUUUCAUCAAACUCCGUAAUGAUCCUAGAACCAAGGCUUACCUCGAUGAUCCCGAGUACGUUAAACUCAUUCAGGGACUCAGAAGCAACCCUAGACUUUUGGGUGCCAAGUUGCAGGACAACCGAGUACUUACAACGUUGAGCGUACUUCUGGGAUUAAACCCUGGAGAUAUGGAAGAACCAAUGGAUGUGGAUCCCCCGAAACCAGCAGAACGGCCGCAGCCAAAGCCGGAACCAAAGCAAGAGAAAAAAGAGGACGAAAAUCUUCCAGAAGAAAAAAGAGCUGCCAAAAGGGAAAAAGACCUUGGUAAUGAGGCAUAUAAGAAAAAAAACUUUACUGAUGCCUUAGAACAUUAUAACAAAGCUGUCGAACUCGAUCCUACGGAUAUUACGUAUCGCAAUAAUAUCGCUGCCGUUUACUUUGAACAAAACGAAUACCAAAAGUGCAUCGAACAAUGCGAAGAGGCUAUCAUAGUAGGCCGGGAGAAUCGAGCUGAUUUCAAACUAAUAGCCAAGGCCUUUACUCGCAUUGGGAAUGCCUACAAGAAAUUAGAAAAUUGGAAACAGGCUAAAGUCUACUAUGAAAAAUCGAUGUCUGAACACAGAACACCAGAGAUAAAAACGCUUCUUUCUCAAAUUGAUAAAAAGAUCAAAGAGCAAGAAAGAAAAGCUUACAUCGACCCUGUUAAAGCUGAGGAAGAGAAAGAGCUAGGAAACGAGAAGUUUAAAGAUGGUGAUUAUGCUGCGGCAGUAAAACACUACUCAGAAGCCAUUCUAAGGAACCCAGAUGAGCCGAAAUACUACAGUAACAGAGCAGCUUGCUAUACGAAGCUAGCAGCCUUUGACUUGGGACUUAAAGACUGUGAAAAGUGUGUGGAAAUAGAUCCAAAAUUCAUCAAGGGAUGGAUAAGAAAGGGAAAGAUUCUACAAGGUAUGCAGCAGCAAGGCAAAGCCUUGACCGCCUAUCAAAAGGCCUUGGAACUAGACCCGACAAACAGUGAAGCAAUCGAAGGGUAUCGCUCCUGUACUGUUGCUGUUAGUUCAAAUCCCGAAGAAGUCAGGAAGAGAGCAAUGGCUGAUCCAGAGGUCCAGAGUAUUCUUAGAGAUCCAGCGAUGCGAUUGAUUCUUGAACAAAUGCAGAGUGAUCCGAAGGCAUUGCAAGACCACCUGAAGAAUCCGGACAUUGCUGCAAAAAUACAGAAGCUUCUGGAAUCAGGACUGGUAGCAAUUCACUGAGGGAUAAUGAGAAAUAUAACAGUACAUAAAUACAAAUUUACCAGUUGUACGCGCCUUAGAACGUAAAACAAUAAUUUGUCGUCGCUGUGUCCCUUUUCCACGAGGACAGCUUUAACUUUAGUCAACAUAACACUACGUUAAUUUUAUAAUUUUUAUGGUAUACGAUGUACGAUUAAUUAAUUAUUGGAUGGAAGAAGUUCUCAACUCUACCGAGUGCUUACCUAUUUUAUCUUAAUCAAAGCAAAAAAAAUCAUGCAUACUUAACUGCGAUGCUAUAUUGCUCUGAUAAAAAUAUUAUAAGUUUUCUUCUCUUGAUAUUCCAUUAAAGAUUUGAAUAUAAUUAUUCUGAAAUUUG